AUGAGCCACAAGAACCAGGGAGAGGAGAGGGAGGAGCCGGGCGAGGAGCACCAGGCGCCUCCGAGCAGCCGGCAGCCCAACGGGUCGACGCGCGGGGAGCCUCCGGUGCGUCGCUCCUGGAGGCCGUGUCAGAUGCUCCACCAGGAGGGGGAGCCCAAUCCCCUCCAUCAGCACCACCCUCACGAGCAUCACAACCCACACCACCACCACCACCCGGCAGCGGGUCGCGGACCUGCUCGCCACCGCCGGCGCCCGGGGGAGGGGCAGGCUCAGAGUCCUGAUCAGGUUCCAGAGGUCGCGUCUUCCAGGCCAGAAGCCGGAGAGGGUCGGGAGGUCGAUGCCCUGCCUGUCGCGCCGCUACGCCCCGCCGUCGCUCGCUACCGCCGGAUGGGCGACCCGAACCCCAGGCUCAGAGGUCAAACACAGAGGCAGCCAAUCAGAGAGCUGCAGGACUCGUCACACGGGGAGGGUGAGAGGGCAGGUCCAGCGGGGGUGCAGCUGCAGCAGCGCUCUGCAGAUGAUGCUGUAACCGACCAAUCACAGGACAGAGCAUCUCCUCACCACACUCCUGUUGCUGUGGUAGCCCCCACCCACCUCUCACCUGCGCCUGCUGCCCACAACGAGCAGCCUCCCCCCCACCCUGCUCCCCACGCCGAGGCGGAGGAGGACCAGAAGGCAGCGUGCGAGGAGGAGGUGGAGGAAGUGAAGGAGAAGGAGGAGGAACAGGAACAGGCGGAGGAGGAUGGAGACUGCCGCCCGGCGACAGGAACCUCCGUCUGCGGCCGUGAGGAGGUGGAGGAGGUUGCCGGGGGGGCGGAGGAGAGCGCGGCGAGGACGGAGGAGGACCAGGAGGAGGUGAUGGAGGAGGUGGCGGAGGACGUCGCCGCUCAGGGAAGUGAGAUCACGGAUCUGUGCUCGGACACGGAGAGCGCAGCCUCGCUCAGCAUGGACGGCCCCCUCCACAGCCCGCCGCCCCUCCACUCCCCGACCCCCCCCUCCUCCCCCGACCUUCCUCCUUUCCCCCAAAUGGACCACUUCAGCGAGGACGCCAGCAUGAGCCCCGUCCCUGACAAUGACCUCCCCGAGGACGAGGACGAGGACUGCUCCGAGUCCUGCUCGCUGUCCCGCUCCACUUCCUGCUCCGAGUCGUACCCCAAGACCUACGCAGAGUUUUAUUCCGAGUCCCAUCAGAAGUCCUACCCGGAGCCCGAGUCCUACACGGAGCAGAAUUCUCAUCCCAACUCUUUUCCCGAACCUCUCAUGACCUCCUACCCCGAGUUACCCAGAGAACCUUGCAGGGCGUCCAACCGGAGGCCCGAGCGCCAUGAGGCCCAGCAGGAGUCGAGCCAGGAGCCGUUCACCAGCCACAGAGAGGAGAGGGUUUCCCCGUCCUCUCCCACCAGGGGCUCCCAUCAUGUUCCCAGGCAGGUCAGGGACCGCCGAUCCCACCACUCCCCUCUGGACCGCUCCGUCGGCUGCCGGCUGCACCACUACGACGGGCAGUCCGACGGCGAGGGGGAAAGCGGACGUCACAGCCCCAUUCCCAAAAGUCACCGACGUGCACCGAGACAAACCGAAGCCCGGGACAAGAGCCCGUCGUCCGGGCACAGCAGCUCCGCCGAGGCCCUGGAGCAGCUGAGUGUGGGGGGGCCCCCGGGGGAGGGAGGCUCCCGGGGCUCGGGAGACGCCAUCAGCCUGGCCAUCAAAGACAUCAAAGAGGCGAUUGAGGAGGUGAAGACGAAGACCAUUCGCUCCCCCUACACCCCCGAUCAGCCGGUGGAGCCGAUCUGGGUGAUGAGGCAGGAGGUGAGCCCCACGGAGGAGGUGUACUCGCUGCAGUCUGCGACCGGACGUUCGCCCUCUCAGUCCGAGCCGGAGUCUCCGUCCUGCUACGCCUCGGGUCCGGUGAGAGAGCAGCUCAGUCCUCGGAGGGCGGAGUCGUCCAGGUCCCUCCACCCCCAACACUACCACCAACAACACAACCCCCACCACCACCACCACCACCAGGGCCAUGCCGCACAGCAGAGGGACACCGGCAGGCCGCCGCAGACCUACACUCAGCAGCAACCACACGCACACACAGCGCCGGGUGGACAGUGGCAGAAUCAGACGCUUCCCCCCCCACAGCCGAGGCCACAGGCUGAACCGCAGUCUCCUCUGCAGCAGCCGCUGUCCGCCGAGGAGAUUCGCAGAUCUCUUCCCUCUUUUCCCACGUUUGUGGACGUCCUGGGACCAUGUGACCCCGAAGACCUUAUUGACGGCAUCAUCUUCGCCGCCACCUACCUGGGCUGCACCCACCUGCUGUCGGAGAGGACGCCCACGAAGAGCGCCCGCAUGCAGCAGGCGCAGGAGGCCAUGAGCAGAGUGAGGGCUGCUCAGAAACAGGCGAAGAACAGGAAGAAGAGCCCCGACGCCGAGGCUCCGUCCACCGCCGAGGUCGAUCUCUUCAUGUCCACGCAGAGGAUCAAGGUCCUCAAUGCCGACACUCAGGAGUCUCUGAUGGAUCUGCCUCUGAGGACCAUCUCCUACAUCGCAGACAUCGGCAACAUGGUGGUGCUGAUGGCCCGGGGGAAGAUGGUUCGAUCCCGCAGCGCGCAGGACAACCUGGACCACGCAGCCGAGCAGACCACCAUGAGCCCGGACGACAGGCGCCUCUACAGGAUGAUCUGUCACGUGUUCGAGUCCGAGGACGCUCAGCUGAUCGCCCAGUCCAUCGGUCAGUCGUUCAGCGUGGCCUACCAGGAGUUCCUCAGGGCCAACGGCAUCGACCCCGAGGACCUGAGCCAGAGGGAGUACAGCGACCUGCUCAACACCCAGGACAUGUACAACGAUGACCUCAUCCACUUCUCCAAGUCGGAGAACUGCAGAGACGUUUACAUCGAGAAGCAGAAAGGGGAGAUCCUGGGCGUGGUGAUCGUGGAGUCGGGCUGGGGCUCCAUCCUCCCCACCGUCAUCAUCGCCAGCAUGAUGCACGCCGGGCCGGCCGAGAAGUCCGGGCGCCUCAACAUCGGGGACCAGAUCAUGACCAUCAACGGGACCAGUCUGGUGGGUUUACCGCUGAGCACCUGCCAGAGCAUCAUCAAGGGUCUGAAGUCUCAGUCCAGGAUCAAGAUGAACAUCGUCCGCUGCCCCCCCGUGACCAUGGUUCUGAUCCGCAGGCCCGACCUCAGAUACCAGCUGGGCUUCAGCGUCCAGAACGGCAUCAUCUGCAGCCUGAUGAGAGGAGGCAUCGCAGAGAGAGGGGGCGUCCGGGUCGGCCACCGCAUCAUCGAGAUCAACAGCCAGAGCGUCGUGGCCACGCCUCACGAGAAGAUCGUCCAGAUCCUGUCCACCGCCAUGGGCGAGAUCCACAUGAAGACGAUGCCCGCGGCCAUGUACCGUCUGCUGACCGCCCAGGAGCAGCCCGUCUACAUCUGA